AUGUUGUUAUUCUAUCUUAUCCAAUUCUCAUUCGCCUUUGCCUUCGUUCUCGUUUGUGCAGCCUCGAAAGCCCAGGACUUUGACAUCUCAAAAACAAACGAGCUGGUCCAGCUGCUGACGGUGGAGAAUGUCCGCGUGACCCACCAGGCAAAAGUGCUGGAAGAGCGAUGCACAGACCGGGACACGUCCUACGACUCGCCGAUGAAGUUUGAGGAGCUUCCGGAAGCGUGGCGGCAUAGCUGGACAGUGGGCCUAAAUCGAGGCGCCACGCCAGAGGCCGCCACUGCCUUUGCGGAGGCUUCGAAGCUGCGACUUCCAUCGCCGAACCCCUUCAUCCCGGAGGAUCUGGAGAUGAAGGCCGCCCCGUCACCGAACCCGGCGCUGCCCCAGCGACUGCCAGGAGCGCCGAAGGUGGUGAACUACGUCUUCCAUCGGCAGGAUGACGUGUUCAUGCAGCCAAAGGCCCUGCUGCUGUGCGUCAUCCGAACCCCUUUCAUCAGCCAAGAUGCUACUAGCUUCCUCCGCGCGUCGAUCUGGUCGCAGCUCGUGCAGGAGGCCCUCAGCGAGUUCUCCUACGACGCGGAGAUCGCCAGCUGCUCCUACAGCCUUGAUGCUGGCGACGGUGCCAUCAUGCUGUCGGCCGCUGGCUUUCAUGACAAGCUCGGGGUCCUCAUCGAGGCGGUCACGGCCAAGAUGCUCCAAAUCGGCACCGCCUCCAUCGACUCGGUCCCCGAGAACUUCUACAACCUUGUGGCCGACCGCAUGGCGGACGCGCUGAAGAACCAGGCGUACCACAGCAGGCCAUUGUCCCAGGCCUCUCGCAGGUUUUCGGAGCUCACAAAGCGGGGUGGCUCCUUUACUGUGGAGGAGCUGUUGGCGGCCUUCGAAGCCAACAUCACACGUGAGUCGAUCUGCAACCUCGUGUCGGAGAUGUUCGGCACCUGCCAUGCCGAGGCUUUGAUCAUGGGCAACCAGACACCGAAGGACGCCCUGGACUUGGUUGGGAAGCUGGAGGGCAGCCUCGGGCUGAAAUGCCCACUCAAGGAGCUGCCCCUCUUCGAGGAGGCGCAGCUACCCGCCGGGCGCACGCUGUGGAGGCUGGACAGCACGGACAAGGACGACCCCAACCAUGCCGUGAUCCUCAAGUGGCAGUUCCCCAAGAGCGUGGAGGUCUCGGUGCGGCUGCUGAUGGUCGGAAAGCUUCUGAGCUCGAAGUUCUUCGACGUCUUGCGGACACAGCAGCAGCUGGGCUACAUCGUGGGCAUGGGCACGGUGCCGGGAGUUAACUUCAGCUACAUCACCGCCCAGGUGCAGAGCGAGUUUGGCCCCGACUUUGUGCGGAGCCGAAUCGAUGCCUUCUUCACGGAGCACUUUGCCUGGCUGGAGGACGGCGUGCAGGAGGAGGAGUUUCAGACUUGCCUGCGUGGCGUGCUCUCGGAGCUGAAGAUGAAGCCGAAGAACCUCUCAGAAGAGUUCUCCCGGUUUCACACACCCUUCGUCAAGCGCACCUACGACUUCGAUCGGAAGGACAAGCAAAUCGCCCUGCUGGAGAGUGGGGAGGUGAACCUUGCGGAGCUCCAGCGCUUUGUGCGAGAGGACAUCCGCGCCGCGCCAGCGCUGUACGUGCAGGUCCGGAAGGUCUUAGAGAAGCCGGACAAACCGAUGCCGGAGGGGGCCGUGGUUCCUGAGGCCAGCACCAGGGACUUAGGGGAUGUAGAGACUUAG